GCCGUUCCACGCGGGAAACGUCGUCGGAAGUCUGCUGAAAGCGGCGAUGGGGCUGGCGCUGGCCUCCCACUUCGCGGAGUGCCCCUUCGGCACGCGGCUGCUGGCGGCGCUCUAUGGCCUCGGCUGUGGCGUCCCGGCCAUUCUCGCCUCUGCUGGUGUUCCGACUGGAAGGACCACCACUAACCUCUUCCUGUGCUGCACUGCCAACAUCCUGGGCCGACAGAAGCUGGCUCCCCUCUUGCUGUCGGCCUUGCAUCGGCCGCUGCAGCGGGGGGGCGAUCUGUUCAUGGCGGUCACGGAGCUGCAGAUGGCCCUCUCCUUCCUGCCGCAGGUGGAGCGGGAGCUGGGCACGCUGCGGUACCUGCUGUGGCUCUUGGCCAACACAACGGGCAUCAACGGCCUUUUUGUGCUCGCGGUGAAGCUGCUGGGCCGCUCUGGACUUUGCUCAGAGCUCCGAUCAAACCAGGGCCUCUGGAGUCUGGCGGUGGCGUGCAUGACGCGCCGCGCCUUGGAGAACCCAGAGCUGCCCUGCACCGUGAUGGGCCUGGUAGAGGUGCCUCAGAAGUGGUACCCGGUCGCCAUCGCCCUGAUGCUGUCAGUGCUCGAGGGAUCCAUUCAGUGGGAGACCUUUUGCGCAGCUCUCUUCGCCUAUCUUUGGCGCUUGCUGCACCUGGACCGGCGCUUGCUCCCGUCCCCCAGCCAAGCCGCGGCACUGGAGGACAGAGCGCCCAAGGUGCCGGGGCUUUUGAGCCUCUUGGGCGGCCACUGGGUGCGUUCCACGCGCCAUCCGCCCAACCGAGGUCAAGGCGUCAGAACCGAGAAUGCCGAAGCCCCGCGCGGCUUCCAAAUCUUCGGCGGCCGGGGCCAUCGCUUGGGGGAUUAGUCGUCAGGCUCUGCCGUGGCAAGCUACAGACGUGCCAUUGCCCGGCGGAG